UUCGAGAUUGAUCCGGAAAGUGGGAUGAUACGCAUAACGAAUGGGCUUAUUGGUCUGGCUCGAGCACAUCCUUACGAAUUUUUAGUUGUAGCAAAAGAUCAAGGUACGCCGCCACUGUCAUCUAGUGCUACUGUAAGUAUUCAUGUGCUCGAGUCGACAUCCUUAAGUCGUGCCGGCGAUGACAAAUGGAUACAUAUUGUUUCACCACCUGUCGAUUUUUCCUUAAAACUUGAUGAGGUGAUGCUUCGCAGAAUUGCUCGUGGGGUACAGUGUUUACAGCACCAUUACAGUUCACGAAUAAGCCUUGUGAGGGGCUACUGCGCUGGCAAAUGCAAUAGCACUCGUUCAUAA